AUGAGAUCUACUGCAAACAAGGAGAAGGAAGAAAAAAAAGAAGAAGAAAAAGUCAGUUUCCACUUCCACUUGUUGGAGUUUGCAAAUAAAGUCAUCAUCAAUAUCUCAAUAGAUGGGAUUCUUGACUCGAGUUUUAGAGCACCAGUACCGACUCGAAAAGUUAUGAAUUAUGAGUCAAGAAUUGACUUAGAUGAUGACAAUGAAGAAGAAGAAAAGAAUGAUGGUAGUCUGGGGUUUGUCGACACAAGCGGUGAACUAGAGUUGAUUGUAGGGAAUUAUAGUAAUAUGAAAAUCUCCAUUGUAGCUGCUCAAGUCGCAAAACUAGUGCAGACAAAAAAACCAAAGGAAACUAUUGUAACCAUUGGAUCACGAUGGUUUGGAAACGGCGAAGAAGUUGAAGAUAGCGACUUUGAGAGGCUAAUGUUUGUACUCGAAAAUGUUAAAAAGCUUCUUUAA